AGCCUCCUGAGCACCCAUGGGCUGGCAGGGUGAGCUGGCCAGGUGAGCGGGCGGGGAGCUCAGGAGACUGAAGAGCCCUGCAGGUGCUGAGGGGACGGUUGGGGACUCAGCCAGGAGGGACAUCAGACUCACCGCUCUCCCCACCCCCAAGCCCUGAAGCCAGAAUCCAUGCUUGGCAUGGGCAGGACAGCGAGAAGCUAGCCCCCUGCCCAGGCUAACACUGACCCCAAGCUGCUCCUCACCUGAACAAGAUGAGAAGAUCAGGUGUGCUCCGACUCCUGGCCCUCAUCUUUGCCCUGGUCUCCACAUGGAUCUUUUUUCGCAGCUUCAUCAGCUUAAACAUGAAAACUAUCCAUCUGUCCCGCUGGCUGGCAGAUUUGGACACCAAGAAGGUUGAGGUCGCGAGGACCAAGUGCGGCCUCAGCAAGCCCUGCCCGGACAAUUUCUUUGCCUUUAAAAUCAGCAGCGGAGCCGCUAACGUCGUGGGUCCCACCAUGUGCUUCGAAAACCUUGUGAUCAUGAGUCCUGUGAAAAACAACGUGGGCAGAGGCCUGAACUUUGCCCUGGUGAACGGAACCACAGGAGUGGUGCUGACACAAAAAUGUUUCGACAUGUACUCUGGAGAUGUUACGCUUCUGGUAAAGUUCCUUAAAGAAAUCCCAGAGGGCACACUGGUGCUAGUGGCCUCCUAUGAUGACCCAGGAACCAAAAUGAAUGGUGAGGCCAGGAAGCUCCUCACCAACUUGGGCAGUUCCUAUGCAAAGCAUCUGGGCUUCAGAGAUAGCUGGGUCUUCUUAGGGGCCAGAGACCUCAGGGAUAAAAGCCCUUUUGAGCAGUUCUUAAAGAACAGCCCAGACACAAACAAAUACGAGGGCUGGCCGGAGCUGCUGGAGCUGGAGGGCUGUGUUCCCCAGAAGGUAUCUUAGGGCAGCUGCAGGACUGAAGAAGCCCCCUCGCUGUCCUAGAGUCAGCGCCAGCUGCGGCUGCAAGAAGGAAACCAGGUGGCCUGUGGA